AUGUCACCGGGUCAGCAGCUCAUAGCGUCAGUUGUGUUAAAGUUUCGAAGUCAGAGCUCAGGAGUCAGAGCUCAGAGCGUUCAGUUAGCUGGCUUAAAGUCCGAUGUCAGAGCUCAGAGGUCAGUUCUCGUGUUAAAGUCAGAGGUCAAGAGCUCAGAGCUGUCCAGUUUUUGUCAAUUGUUCAAGUCAGAGCGGUCAGAGGUCAGCAGGUUCCAGCUUGACACUGUUAAAGUCAGAGGUCAGUGUGUUAAAGUCAGCGGAUCAGAGCUAGAGGUCAGUUUUGUGUUAAAGUUCGACGUCAGAGUCAGAGGUCAGUUUGUGGUUAAGUCAGCGGCGUCAGAGUUUCAGAGGUCUCUGUUGACGGACGUUGAGCGACGCGCUUUUCUCUUGACCAUCUCGCUCGGUUCGCCGAGCUGUGGAAGUGAAGAGACGUGGAAGCACUGGUUCGUCCAUAAGGAUCUGGCAGCCAGGAACUGUCUGGUUGGCAUGGAUAUGCAAGUGAAGGUAUCAGAUCUUGGGCUAUCUAAGGAGCUCUACCCAGGAGACUACGUGAAGAUGUUGCGGCGAUCGCUCCCGAUCCGCUGGAUGGCGCCAGAGUCGAUCAAGGCCAACAUCUUUACGCGCUACAGCGACAUCUGGGCGUUCGGCGUGUUGCUAUGGGAGAUGUUCAGUUACGGCAACAAACCGUACAGCUACCGCGGCGACAACGAGGUCGUGGUGUACCUGACCCGCGGAGGACUGCUGAUGAAGCCGGAUAAAUGUCCCGUGGAGGCGUACAACUUAAUGCUCGGAUGUUGGAAGGAGAUACCGAGGGACCGCACCAAGUUCGAGGUGCUGCAAGCGAAGCUGAAGGAUCUGAGCAUCAUGGAGACGUCGCUAUAGCAACGGCAGGCGUUGCCAGGCAUGCUACAGCACAGCACUAGAUGGCGUGACUAAUCGCCCCGCCCCAUGAACGACGGUAGGGCCCUUGCUAUGGGCCUUGCUAGUGCAUACAUCGCGGAUGCAGAAAUGAAUGAGAGACACGUGUUUUCUACUUCGUUGUGCCAACAUACAGAAUGACGGAAACAGACUGGGGAGGGGGGGUGGACGUUGCAACUUCCAGUCUGUCGGAAGGACAUCCGGUGAGCGCCAUGUGGGAAGUGGCGCCAUCUCGAGGCAGCAAUGGGAAUAAAGAUAUGUUUUUCCACACGCGCCUACUCGGCAUAGAACAUACAACGUAAUAGCUUUUUAUAAAGAAAAGUCAUGCUGACAGAACUUUUAGCAUCCGUCAUGGUGAAUGUUCAUAGAUAUCAAGAACAAAAAUUCAUACUUGAUACGAAAGUGGAUCAUUUCUUUAUUAUGCUGAUUGUAGACGCUUAUACAUAAUUGCAGCUUGUAUAAUAAUAAUAAUUAUAAUAAUAAUGAUAACAAUAAAAAAUGCGGCGGAGAGAUAAAGGCGCUUGCGAGAUUCUUA